CUCAAGACAUCGACUUAUUACUUUUUUUCAAUAACAACUCUGAAUACAAUAGGAUCAAUCUCUACUGGCCGUCUGGAUGCGAUGAUGUCUUGUCUCGAAGGAGUCCAGUACAAAACGACAGUUGGCUUUGCAGAAGUUAAACUGGUGACAGACAGCGACAACAGCUAUUUAAUUGCCAAAGACCCCAUUCGUCUUGGUCGGUUUUCUAAGAACGCAAUUAAUCACAGCAACCUAGACGCUUGUCUGUCUGUGCAAUCCACUGGACAUAUCAUCACCUUUUACUUGACGAAAUUGAUGUCCGAUGGCCUGUACGUUAUGAUGGAACUUGUGACAUUAACUACGCCCUCUUCGCUGUCAAACCUUACACAAUAUCUUAUUUAACUUGAUGAUCUCAUCAAGGUGUUGACGAUCUUCGAGAAACAUUGCAAGACCGUACCACAUGAGGAGUUGGCAGUGUUUACUACGCGAAAACAGCCUACCUCAUCUGAUAAAAGUCUCCACCACUUCUUAUCAUCUACUCGUAAUCCUAUUUGUUUCAUCACAAAAUAAAGACUG